AUGGCAGCAAUGCUGAUGGAAGUGGCUGGUGAUUCUGAGGAAUUUGAGGCUAUUUACAUACCAUUGGGGCCUGAUAUUAAAUGUCUUUUUAAAAUUUCUCAUUGCAAGUUUGGUUCUAGCCAUAUAAAGGAGGGCCUGAUCAUGGAACAGGACCUGGAGACGUGUGAGUCUACUGAAAACUUUACCACUGACUAUAAGAUGAUGAUGACCCUGGGUGAAGGAAACUUUUCAAUAGUCAAAAUAGCCUACCAUAUAACUGACCUGUGUGGCUAUAAACAUCUGAGAAAUGUCAAGAAAUUCAUCCUGCUUAUUACCAGGGAAGUCAACAUUAUGAAAUUCCUUACCUAUCCUUAUAUUAUCAAGUUAAAUCAAGUGGUCCAGUCAAGAAAGACCGCCUACCUGGUGAUGGAGUUUGCCUCAGAGGGGGACCUACUAGAUAGAAUCCUGGGAUGUGGGUUUUUAGAGGAAAGCAAGGCUGGAAGAAUAUUUGGCCAUAUAUUAAAAGCAGUACAGUAUUGCCAUGACAAUGACAUUAUCCACAGAGACAUAAAGGCCAGUAACAUUUUGAUUGACUGCAGGUGGAAUGCCAAGCUGUGUGAUUUUGGCCUGGCUGCUAAAGUUUUUCCUGGCCAGAAGCUGAUUUAUUUCAGUGGCAUGCUGCCCUACUGUGCUCCAGAAUUCUUUCAAGGUGGGGAAUAUGAGGGCAUAUACCCAGUCAACAUCUGGAGUUUAGGAGUCCUCCUCUUUGUCAUGGUGAUUGGGUACCUACCUUUCCUAAGCAGGUCAUUUGCAGAGCUGAGGAGGCAAAUUACCACAGCAAAUUUCAGCACUCCUUCUCAAGCUUAAGAUAUUUUCAAUGUUAUAGUGGAAAUUCUGAUGCUCAAUUCCAGCAGGAGGCCCACCAUCCACCACAUCAUGAUGUGCCCUGUGAUCAGGGACAGCCAGAGAGGUUCACUACCUAAAUUCACAUGGACUUUCCCAGGCACACCAAGCUGUAGCAUCGUCAAGACCGUGAGAAUCGUGGAUGAUAAGCCCAAAGAUAUCACUGAGUAUCUGAGAGAGCAAAAAUUCAAUGAGGUGAUGGCAACCUACCUGAUUCUACUAUACCAGCCACCCAGGGGAGACUGCUCCCACCACCAUGUGAAAGCCAUUGAAUGCAUGCAGUCAGCCCUGGAAGAUCCUCACUCCAUCCCUGGUUUCCUAAGAAGAGCUGAGCAUCUUCUCUGUGUCUUCACCUCGUCCUUGUUCCGAGCCCCUCCCCCAACUGUACAUGACCAGCCACCUCGACUUCUAUACACCUCCUCCCCUAGAGCAGACAGGAAUGUGUCCUCCUGCAGUGCCCAGCGAGAUUUCUGGGGAUCACUGCUGGUUGCUAAGAGUAUAACCCUUGCAGGCUCCUCCUCUGGGGAUAUCUUGCAGAAAGAGACUCUCAUGAAGGAAAAUCUCUUCAUCCAGGAAGAGGGCAUCAUUUCUGAAGAUACCAUCACUAAUGGCCAGCCACAGGAUGCAGACCCAGCUUCCCCUCAUAACCAGUGUCACCUCGGGAAGAGGCCAGGGAACAUAGACUUAAAUCCCGUGGCAAAAAACUACAAGGGCUUUCUAGUGAUGAAUAUUUGUCCUGUCCAGCAGGACAUUAAACAGGGGUCUGAGGGGUGGGGGGUAUCAGGCAAAGACUCAAAGAAUGGCGACCUGUCUAUAGGCUGA